UUUUAUGACUCCAGUAGCCUAGGUUGAAAAGCAUUUGGUAUGAUCGAGUAUCAUCAAGAGAACGCCUAGGCAUAUCUUUAUUCUAUGCGAAAUAGGCAUAUCUGUAUUCUAUGCGAAAUAGGCAUACCUUUAUUCUAUGCGAAAUAGCUAGAAAGAAGAGAAUAGCUUCAUCCACCUCAUCUAAGGAAUGGCAGACAAGGUGCUCUCCAAUGCUCGGAAGACAUUCAUAGACAGUGUGACGAAGCCAGUGAUCAAGCAGCUCCUGGAUGACCUUUUGGAGGACAAGGUGCUGAACGAUGAAGAGACAGAAUCAGUGAUGGAGGAGAACAGCACUAGGGCAGAGCAGGCACGAUGCCUUAUCGAUAUGGUGCGGAAGAAAGGGAGCAAAGCCAGUGAGAAGAUGAUUGCCAGAAUUCAGGAGKGAGAUCCUGUACUUUAUGACAAAAUUAGUCUGCCCCCCAGGCAGCCUGCCCAGAUGACACCAUCAUCGCCCCAGUUAUCACAGCAGGAGGAGCACCAGGUGUCCUCUGACCUCAUCCCCAGCACAAAGGACUUUAAGAAGGACAUUCUUCAGAGGAAGGGUAACGAGAUUUACCCUCCAAWGGAUAAGUCUGGUCGGAAGCGRCUGGCCCUGCUCAUAAACAACGUGGAGUUUGAUGAUAAGAYCAUGCUGAGACGAGGMGCAGWGAAGGACGAGGAGAACGUGGAGAGGCUUCUCAGGGAUCUGGGAUAUGAUGUGGUGAAACACAGAAACCUGUCUGGACAGGAGAUGGACGAGGCUGUGAAAGCGUUCUCUAAACGUGAGGAACACUUACUUUCGGACAGCGUCUUCGUGGUGAUGAUGUCUCAUGGGCAGCUGGGAGCCAUCAUGGGUGUCCAUUACAAGGAAGGGGACCCUAAUCUUGACAUCUUCCCCAUCAACAACAUCUUCACACACCUGAACACAGAGAACUGCAAAGCACUGAUUAACAAACCCAAAGUCAUCCUCAUCCAGGCCUGCAGGGGAGGCAAGGAUGGGUCUGUUUGGGUCAGUGACACAGUGCCUGGGUCCAGCCUUGACCAGGGGUUAGAGAGUGACUCAAUCAGGAGGGAGCACAAAGAGAAGGACUUCAUCUCCCUCCUGUCCUGCACACCAGAUACUCUGUCCUACAGAGAUCCAAAGAUGGGCACCUUAUUUGUCCAACACAUCAUGAAGACAUUCAACACCUAUGCAUGUGAUGAUCAUAUAGAAGAAUUGUUCAGGAAGGUCAUGGGACGCUUUGAAGAUUUCCCCAGACAGAUGCCGACCAAAGACAGAGCCACUCUAACAAAGCACUUCUACCUCUUCCCAGGCCUCUGAGAAGUUGUGAUGAUUUAUUAAUUGUACUGUAAUCACAAUGGAGGAAUAAGGGAGGAGCAUAUUUUCUGUUAUUUUGUAUGAAAGUGUUUGGUAUACACUCCUUUUAAGAUCAUCACCAGUAUGUUUUAAAUGUAUACCUAUGAUGAACCUUUUAACAUUAUUUUAUCUACAAAUAAUUUAUAAUCUGCAAAUUAUAAUAUCCUUCUGUAGAGCUACUGGGUAGCCUAUGUAGUCUUGUUCCAGCCCUGCUCUAACACACCUGAUUCGGCUAAUCAACAUAAAGAUGUGUUAGCGGUGUGUUAGAGCAGAGCUGGAACAAAAAUGUAUUGGGUACUAGGUUACCCAGUAACUCUCCAGGAGGAAGAUUGGCCACUCCUGUUUUAACAUUUGGAAGAUAAGUAAAAUAAGUCUCUUUGACAAAAGCA